AAACUACGUCUGAUCAUCGCGGCUGUCAAAGGAGGUCGUUGAGCGGACAGGCCAAUAAAGUCGCAUGACAACAACUACACAGAAAUUUUGUUGAUUAGAAGUCGUUGACUGUGUGCGCUGUGGAAUGCGGUGCUUGGUGGUAGAAACGAAGAUUUGGCACUCACCAUAACUUAACUAUUAGAAGCAAUUUUGCACUCUCCUAAGUGCAGGCCAGGCCAGAGAAGGACUGCUGCGCUGUCCGGUGAUCAGACCCCGCCAUGCGUGAAUACAAGCUUGUGGUGCUCGGCUCAGGAGGCGUAGGGAAGUCCGCUCUGACAGUGCAGUUUGUGCAGGGGAUCUUUGUAGAGAAAUAUGACCCCACAAUAGAAGACUCGUACAGAAAGCAAGUGGAAGUUGAUGGGCAGCAAUGUAUGUUGGAAAUCCUGGACACAGCAGGCACAGAGCAGUUUACGGCCAUGCGGGACCUAUAUAUGAAGAACGGUCAGGGCUUUGCUCUGGUCUACUCCAUCACAGCACAGUCCACCUUCAACGACCUCCAGGACCUUCGUGAGCAGAUCCUGCGAGUCAAGGACACAGAGGAUGUGCCGAUGAUCCUGGUGGGGAACAAGUGUGAUCUGGAGGAUGAGCGUGUGGUAGGCAAGGAGCAGGGGCAGAACCUGGCCCGCCAGUGGAACCAGUGUGCCUUCCUCGAGUCCUCCGCCAAGUCCAAGAUCAACGUGCUGGACAUCUUCUAUGACCUGGUGAGGCAGAUCAACAGGAAGACUCCAGUGGAGAAGAAGAAGGCCAAAAAGAAGUCCAACUGCACCCUACUGUAGCCAGGCCUCCCUGUAGGCACCCUGAGCCCGUGAAGAGCUCUUCUGAAGAACUAUUGCCCCUUUGGACCGUGCCAGCAUUCCCCAACCCAGCUACCCAAACUGUGGAACCGCCGAUGCAGACUCCAUUACCAAGACUGGCCUGGGAAAAAGAGAAAAAGAGAGAGAGAGAGAGAUGGAAAGAGAGAAAGAGAGAGAGAUGGAAAAGAGAGAGAGAGAGAGAGAGAGAAAGGGAGGGAGGGAGAGGAGGGGGAGUGAGAGCACAAGAUUCCCAGCAGGAUUUCUCUUGGUUUUAAUGUCAGCAAACACACAGCAAAAACAAAACAAAAACAACACAGCCCCCAUUC